AUGAAUGCAACCAGUCAGUCACUCACGUAUAAUGCAUGAAUGCAGUCGUUUAGUUCAAUUCAACAUGCGAUCAAUGUUAGUUUUUGUCAUCUUUAUGAGUGUAUUUUAUCCAUGUGCUACCGGUACUUUUUUGGAUUCUACCGCUUCAGCACUGGGAAGUCUCUAUAAGGCGGCUGCAGGCGACAUUGACAGCGAUUAUGCGUAUGACAAAAACAAUGUCAUGGCGGAUCGACUUCAUCGAGUGUUGAAUUCAUCAGAUGAUGUCAUUAGCCUGGAGCUGCCUGGUGUAUCGCCGAUAGGUUGGAAAGAUGUCUUUCGGGCCGGAUCUCAAUUCGCAGAAGUCAUUGCGGACUCAUUUGACUAUAUCGGGUUGCCGAACAGCUUGCCGGAUCUUUCCAACUACGGCUUCGAUUCAGAUUAUAUCCAAAGUCGACUGAAAUAUUGGAACUGGGAGAAAUUUACGAAUGAUAUCAUGACGUUUGCGGAUAAUGACGUGGCCGAUGAUGGGGUUGAAUCCGAUUCGUAUAGCAGUAAUAUAGACAUGAUGACUGAUCUGAUUCACUCGUAUACAAGUUUUGAAGCGAGCGUGGAAGCCAAAGCGGAAUUACCACCAGAAUGCUUCAUGACAGUCCCUCAGAUGGUGCGAUAUACAGGAUAUCCUUGUGCUGUGUACACCACGGUAACAAAGGAUGGAUAUAAAUUAACGAUGCACAGGAUUCCAUUCGGCAGCAAAGAAGCAGAAUUGACAAGUGGGAGAUUACAAUCAUUCGAAGACACUGGACGUCGAAAAUCAAAGGGAAAGCGAACUAGAAGAGGGCGUGACAAGCGACCAGUCGUUUUUCUUCAGCACGGAAUUCUUUCCGAUUCCUCAUGUUGGGUAACAAACGGGCCGAAUCGCAGCUUGGCUUUUGUGUUGGCUGAUGCAGGAUUUGAUGUUUGGAUGGGAAACAUCCGCGGAAACACUUACUCACGUGAUCAUGUGUACUUAAAUCCCGAUACAGAUGAAAAAUACUGGAGAUUUUCAUGGCAGCAAAUGUCUGAAUAUGAUCUACCUGCGAUGGUAGACGCAGUACUGCGAUUGACAGAUCAAACUAGUCUGUAUUACAUUGGGCAUUCUCAGGGCACCUUAAUAGCUUUUGCUCGAUUAUCAGAAGAUCCCGUUUUUAACAAGAAAAUAAAGAUGAUGUUUGGAUUGGCGCCAGUCGCAACACUUGGUCACAUAAGAAGUCCGAUAAAAAUGUUCUCUGGUUUGACUGACAUUGCGCAAUUUGGAGUGUCUUUGUUCGGAGGCGCUGAAAUUAUGCCAAGUACUUCGCUUUCUAAAUGGAUCACAAUCAAACUGCACAAAAUGACGCAGGAUGAUUCAUUCGCAUAUCAUGGGCAUAAUUUAUUGUUAUUUCUUGUCGGUUUCAACGUAAAGCAUUAUCACCGAGAUAGGUUGGCAGUUUUUCUAGCACAAACUCCGUCGGGAACAUCUCUUCAUAAUUUUAUACACAUGUCUCAACUAGUCUCUUCCGGACGAACUCAGAAGUGGGAUUUUGGUUCAGUCGCUGAAAAUAUGAAAGCGUAUGGACAGGAAUCUCCUCCUGAAUACGACGUGAGUAAGAUUUCGACUCCGGUGGCUUUGUUUUUGGGAUCCAGGGACGAUCUGGCUGAUCCGAGAGAUGCUAGAAUGCUUGCUGCGAAACUCCGGAGUAUGGUGCACUUCCGUAUGAUAAAAUCUUGGGACCAUUUGGAUUUCAUGUGGGGUAAAGACGCUCCAAGUAUGCUCUAUCCAGAUAUUGUAGAAUUCAUCGAAAACAUGGAAAGCAAAUAUAAGAAAUUGAAUAAAAACGGAGCCGGGUUUCGACACAUACGAGGGGUAGAUGAUGAAUUGUGAAUCAUGGCACACAAGGCAUUGUAUUAUUCCAUCCGUAUUAUACAUAGAUGAAGAGAUGGUGUCGUUUCGAGCUUUUUUGUAUAGUAGGAAAACAUAGUAUGUCUGUGACAAAGUCUACUGCCAGUAGAUUUAUUGCCUCGCCCUCGAAGCAUACUCUUGGCCUCAACACUGAAUACAUACUUAAGGUGUAUGUCAACACUAUGUUUUGUUGGUUUCCAUGUAUCGUUGCUUAUUGGACGUUAUAUUGACAAAACAUAUUUGUGACAUGCCCUGUGUUAGAUUGAUUAAAGAACUAUAAAACA